UUUACUAGAUUUAUACCCGAUUCAUUAUUGCCAACGAUCAGCUGUUCACCUCAGUAGACGUCAAAGCGUGAUGGAUACUCGUGAAACAAGAUACAGACCACCAGUCUGGAGCUUUGACUAUAAAAAUCCUGAUGAAAACUAUCGUCCCUGUCAACGCAGAAACCUGAAUAGUCCUGGACAUUCACUUGGAGAUCAAGAAGAUUAUACUGGAAUGGAGGUUAGAAAUUUUAGUACAGUUCCACAAGAAAUUGAAGGUGGAGCAUAUGUGAAUAGAGUGCAUUCAAUACACAGAGACAGAGUAUACAAUUGUGGUAUGAUUAAUGGGAGAACGUUGGAUAGGCAGAGACAAUUAGGCGUCAAUACUUUAGAAAACCAUGCUAAACUAAUUGUGGCAAAACUGGAACAAGACCCUAACUUGAUAGAAGACUUACCAGAAUCAGAAGAACUAAGAAAGGAGGCUUUGAGGGAUAUGCCACAAUGCCUCACAUUGAAAAGAUGUGUAAGAGAAAAAUUAUCCAGAACAGUUAGCAGGAAAUCAAAAAGAAAACCUAUUAGCUGUUGGAAGAGGUUGAGAUAUAGGGGUGAUAUGUAUAUCAGCAAGUUCAAAAAUAAAAUAAAAGACCUGCCAUACACAUUUGAGUUAUGGUAUGAUGCUCUAAAGAAAAUAGAAGGCAACUUUGGCUCUGGAGUUGGAUCUUUUUUCAAAUUUCUGAGAUGGAUGUUCAUAUUGAACUUUGUGAUAUCAAUAAUUAGUGUUGCAUUUAUUGUUGUACCACAAAUUACUUACAAUGAAGAUAACAAUGCUACUAAGGGAGAUUUUCAUUGGCAUGAUAUCUUCACUGGAGAGGGAUAUUUAACGAACACAGCUCUCUACUAUGGUUUCUAUUCAAGCGCCUCAGUGAGCCGUUCUUUUUUGACAUACAGCAUGAAAGACGCUUAUUUUAUUUCAAUGAUUUUUAUUUAUCUGGGAUGUUUAUGUGUUUUUAGUUACAGUGUGGCAAAAUCGUAUAGAAAAAAUCUCAUAGAAACGGAAGGCGGCUUCAAAAACGUAUAUGCUCACAAAGUUUUUUGUGGUUGGGAUUAUAGUAUAGCUACAAAAGAUGCUGCACGUUUGAAACAGCGUGCAAUUUAUAAUGAGUUGAAGGAACUCUUGUAUGGUGCAGUGCACAAAAGGCACGAGCAUAGCUGCCUACAUAAGUUUUUGACAAUAAGCAUGCAGAUUUCAAUGCAUAUUUUGAUAUUGUUCUCUCUUAUUGGAACUGGAUCUCUUGCCUGGCUGCUUAUGUCAAAAACAGCUGCUGAAGUUGUAUGUCCUGUCAUUACCCCUGUUGUGAUUAACCUCAUAAUGACUUCUGCUCCUAUUUUCUUCAGUACUAUGAUCAAAGAGUACGGAGCUCGUAAAAUACUCGGAUUGCCACCAUGAAGGACUGGAAUAGAUACUCGCUGGGAGCAUUUUUAUUUCAUCACUGAGAUUGUAAAAGAUCCAGUAUGUUGAUGUCAAGCCGCAGCAACUCUAUUUCCUUCUCAUGUAAUAUUCAGGUAGUAAUUAAGUAGCAAGAAUUGGGGGUGGGGAGUUACAGUGGGUGUGAUUGAAAUGUUUACAGCAACGAAGAUUCUGUCAAUACAUGUGGUUUUCUUGGCCAGGCAAGCAUGGGCGAUUAUCGACAUGUAAGCCACAGGAGUUUCAGAUAUUACAUCAACCAUAUACCUAUCGACCACUGUCUUUAGGGCACAGAAUUGACACCUCUCGGGCUGUUGCCACAGGAGAUUUCCUUUUCCGUCGUUGAAAAAAUUUUAAAAUAUGUAAUCUUGCGAAUAAUGGUAAUGCAACUGAAAGGGGUGAUGUUCCCUUGUAGGAUCGAUGUCAUGCUUAAACACAAUACACUCUUCAUUAAAAAAAUGGCGUUAAGUAGGUUGACUCUACGCUUGCUACGUAACGCAUCCAUCAGUUCGUUCAAAAUUAUCUUCGG